AGAGAAGCCACAAUCAAUUUCUACAUCAACAAAGAGAUCAUUUCCCUAAUGGAAACCAUUGUUAAGCUUUCUAUCACUCUCCUUCUCCUUACACUUCUUAGCAAAGGUGUUUGUAGUUGUGAUUUGAACAAUAUAACAAUUGGAACAAUAAGGAGUGGAAGAGAAAUAAUGGGAAAGCCAGAGUGGAAUGUGGUUGUGGUGAACAAUUGUGAUAAUUGUACCAUGCAAAAAAUGUUAUUGUCUUGCAAUGGUUUUCAAACAACUGAACCAGUGGAUCCAACUAUUUUCAAGCCCGUGGGAAACAACACUUGUAGUGUCAACAAUGGCAAUUCCAUACCACCAAAGUAUACUGUCAAGUUCUCUUAUGCUUGGGAUCCUCCUUUUUUCCUUAGGCAAACUUCUGUUAAUACUUCCUGUUGAAACUAUAAAUCACUAUGUGUGUUGUAGAGGCAGAUAUACUAGUUAUUUGAGUUUUAAUAAAAGGAUCCAUUACUUUAAA